CACAUUCUUGGUUUGGGAAACUCCACGGAGACAGCAAGGUACAGCAGCAGCAAACUCCAGGAGAGCAUUACAUCAGCUAACCGUGUAAAAGACUGCUGGAUACACAAUGUCUUUUCGAAAAACGAAUUCCUCAUACGAAAGGAUGUUUGGAGGAGCAGAGAGACCUAGCUGGUCCAGCCACUCAAGCCGUCAGUUCUCCAGCCCGAUGCGCUCCCGGGUCUCCUUCGGUCUAUCCUCCGCACCGACCAUCCGUGCCUCCAAAACUCAUAGGGUCCGCAGCAAUGCACCGAUGCCUCGGUUGUCAUCUGAGAGCUUAGACUUCUCCCUGUCCGAUGCGAUCAACACCGAAUUUAAAACCAACCGCACCAAUGAAAAAGCGCAGAUGCAAAGUCUGAACGACCGUUUUGCCAGCUACAUCGAAAAGGUACGUUUUCUGGAGCAGCAAAACAAGAUUCUCCAGGCGGAGUUGGAGCAGCUGCGUGGGAAAGGUACGUCCCGCAUUGGCGACCUUUACGAGGAAGAGAUGCGGGAACUCAGACGUCAAGUCGACCAACUCACAAACGAAAAGGCCCGAGUCGAUGUUCACCGGGACAACCUUGCAGACGACAUCGAGCGACUCAGAGAGAAGUUGCAAGACGAGAUUGUCCAGCGUGAGGAGGCUGAAAACACUAUGCAUAGCUUCAGGCAGGAUGUGGAUAAUGCUGCUCUUGCCAGACUGGACCUGGAGCGGAAGGUGGAGUCACUUCAGGAAGAAAUCAACUUCCUCAAGAAGCUUCACGAUGAAGAGCUGCUGGAGCUCCAGAGCCAGAUGCAGGAGCAGCACCUGCAGGUGGACGUGGACGUGGCCAAGCCUGAUCUGACGGCGGCGCUGAGAGACGUGCGUUUGCAGUACGAGAACCUGGCCACCAAGAACAUCCAGGACUCAGAGGACUGGUACAAGUCCAAGUUUGCUGACUUGACCGAGGCAGCGGGCCGCAACAGCGAAGCCCUCCGAGUGGCCAAGCAGGAGGCCAAUGACUACAGACGGCAGGUGCAGGCUCUUACCUGUGAGGUGGACUCCCUUAAAGGCAUGAAUGAGUCACUGGAACGCCAGACCAGGGAGAUGGAAGAGAACUUCUCCUUGGAGACGACAAGUUGCCAGGACACCAUUGGGCGUCUGGAGGAAGACAUCCGUAACAUGAAGGAUGAGAUGGCCCGUCACUUGAGGGAGUAUCAGGACCUGCUCAAUGUCAAGAUGGCGUUGGACAUUGAGAUUGCCACCUACAGGAAGCUGCUGGAAGGAGAGGAGAGCAGGAUUUCCACUCCACUGCCGAACUUCUCCUCCAUGAACCUGAGAGAAACUAUGGUUCUGGAGUCCAGACCCCAUGUGGAAAGUACAAGCACCAAGAGGGUACUGAUCAAGACCAUUGAAACCAGGGAUGGUCAGGUGAUCAAUGAGUCUACCCAGAACCACGAUGACUUGCAGUGAUCUCCACUGUGUCUCCAAUGUGUCUCCACUGACAAAAGACCUGUGGCAACAUGAAGUAAAAGCAUUUCCCCUCAAGUAAAACAAAACCUCUCCAAAAUAUCUGGGCACCAGAUAUUUAUGCUGUAUGAUGAAAGGCCUAUCAAGAGGCCCUCCCUAUGUUUAGACAAAAAAGCCGAAUAAGCUUUCAGAUGAGAAAUUAUAAUCACGUUACCUUAAAGUAAACACCGGCCAGCAGCUAUACACUCUUUGUAUACUUUCUAUGGUCUGUACAAAAUAAUUAAAUGUAACCAAAACUUUAGCAAAUGUUUGCAAAGCAGCACCUUGCUCCCUCAGUCUGCACCUGUAUGUUUAAUGAAAAGACAUUCAGAUUCCCUUAUAGCAUUAAUAAACUAUUUUGAAAAGUUA